AUGUCUGAACCCAAGCGCCUGCGUCUAGAUGAGUCCGUCGCCGCACCAGACAUGAACCAGCCAUCCGAGACGGAUAUCAGUGCCUCCUCCGAGCCUAGACGCCGCUCGAGUAGAACUGAGCCUCGACGCCGUUUUGAAUGCACAUAUCCCGGCUGUGGGCGACACUACUCACGCGCAGAGCACCUCUACCGCCACCAACUAAACCAUAAUCCGAAGGAGAUCUACAAGUGCGACUAUGCCGGAUGCAGCAGGACCUUCGUGCGACAGGACCUCUGCGCUCGCCACAGAGAGCGUCACGGCAUUCGAGCAAAGGCAAACUCUAGAUGGUCAGGCCAGAAUGGUCCCCUAUCUCCUAGGUCCUCGGUAAGCGAUGAAGCAGCCAUGGAUACUGGAUCUCCGGCCUCCAAUGCUCUGCAAUCCCCGGCUUUCGGACGAGCCUCCUUCUCAGCACACUCUCCGCUCAAGCCUACAGACAUUCAAGCCAUCAUACAGCCAUCAAGGCCCGAUUCGAACGGAAUAAAUAGCCAUGUUACUUCUCAGAGCUUUGCUCAGCCGCGUCGGACCGCCUCGCAACAAAAUCUUGAUCCUGCUUUCCAGGCCUCCGCACCGAACGGCAACUAUUCUCUGCACAAGAUGCAAACAGAUGUUUCACUGUCCCUGCAAAGGUCGCACAGUCUUUCCGAAAGUGUCUUCGGCCAUACUAACCCUACAGUCCUGAACACGACAACGACACGCUCGAAUGGCACCAUAGCACCCGCAACAGCUGAGCAACAGGCACAAGAGAAUCCUGCUACAACGUAUUCCAUCCCUAGUCUCGGCGACCAGACUUUCAAUGAUUCGCCAAUUUCCAUCAGGGACGAAUUCACUGCCUGGCUCUUUGAAGAUGCUGGGGGUCUGCACACGGCACCAUUCUCGAUGGCCGGUCAAGGAGGGAUCGGCUUUGCAGACCCUGCCGACAGUUUCGGUAGCGCUGUCUAUCCCAGCUACUUUGCCGAUCCUGCAUUGGAGAACGCCUACCCGGUGAUGACCCAGCCGCGGUCGACAGAAUCAGUAAGAAACAUCCCCGAGCUCAGUGGAGACAGCAAUUUGUUGUCGCACGCAAAGCGAAAGUCCCUAAUCACCUUGAUGGGAUCUCGAUUCAACGAGGGAGACAAUUCAUUCGUCAGACAGCUUCGGGAAGAGGUCUUCCAGGGCAAUGUCGAUGCAGAGGAACACGUCCUCAGCAUCCGCUCGAUGCGACAUUACAUCGGCUCUUACUGGUAUCAUUUCCACGCCCAGAUGCCUAUUCUGCAUCAACCAACCUUUUCGGCGGACGCUAUCCACGAAUACCUCCUUCUGGCAGUAAUGGCCAUCGGCGCGUCGUAUUUAAACAAAGCCCAUGGACGAGCAGUGACGGAUGCGGCUGCCCGCCUGGCCACCUUCAUUGCGUGGCAUUUGCGCUGGCAGGUUUUCAUGCACAACGAUUUCCACCCUCCGGCCAAAUUGUGGGUCUUUCAGACACUGCUUCUAUUAGAAAUCUACGAGAAGACGAGGGCGAACAGACUGCUCCACGAGCGCUCGCACAUCCACUAUGCCACAACCAUCAACUUGAUGCGACGUGGGACAGCCCUCAUCGAGACAGUCAGUCCAGACGCCUCCCGCAUCCCUUCUACUCCGGACGAAUGGUGGAGUCGUUGGAUCACCGCAGAAGCCACCCGCCGUGCCGCUUACGCGGCGUUCUAUCUCGACGCCGUCCAUGCCACCAUGUUUGGCCACGCCUCGAUGAUGGUUGUCCACGAAAUCCGGUUGCCUUUGCCGUGUGAUGACGCCCUUUGGUCAGCUACAUCUGCUGCCGAGGUCGGUCGGGUAGAAGCUAGCUUACAUGCCAACGGGAUCAAACCCACCACAUUCCUGGACGGCCUCAAGAAGACACUGACUGGUCGGAAAGUCCGGACGAACAAUUUUGGCAGGAUAAUCCUGAUGGCGGGCUUGCUUUCCGUCUCUUGGCACAUGCAUCAGAGAGACCUCCAGGUCUCUAGCCUUGGUGUUUCGCAAACAAUGGGCGUCCCCGAUGGCUGGCGAACCCCGCUUACCAAGGCGUUUGACUUCUGGAAAAGGGACGUUGACGAGAACAUUGAGCAUAUGCGAAGGGCGGCUCUUCCCUGGCAAAAGAAUGACAGCGGCCGCCCAGGGGAUAGGGACAUGGCAGAGACGGCUGAUGUGCUCCAUCACCUGAGCCACAUUGCCAUGCAUGUUGAUAUUAUGGACUGUCAAAUUUUCGCUGGCACCAAGCGCCUGUUUGGGCGCACCGUCACCAAUGCCGACUAUGAAAGAGUCAAGUGCAAGGUCUUUGACUGGGCCAAAGGCGGCAGUGCCAAGAUAGGGGUGUGGCAUGCACUCCAGCUCUUGCGAUCGGUGCUUUUGCCCGGUCAAGAUGGUUCGAGGAAGCUGUACAAUGCUCGUGACGACCAUCUGACGGUGAGGCCAUGGACGUUGUACUACGCCGCCCUUGUGGUCUGGUCAUAUGGCUUCGCAAUGGAUGGAGUCCUCCAACCAUUCCCCAGCCUCCUUCAGCCUGCAGCAUCUCCAAGCGCAGCUUCGGUCCUUUCCCACAGUUCCAACCACUCCAUGCUAACCAUGGCACAUGAUGGCGGUGAGUUCCCUGUAGAAGCCGUCGUCAAGGACGCUCAAGCUUUCCUGCAGACUGUGGGUGCAGUCAAAACUCCACAACACCUGGACUCGAUCAAGGAUGGAAGAAACAACGUGGUAGGAGUGCUGGUAAUUCUGGAGGCCGCAUUUCGUGAUUCGAGAUGGGAAUUGUUGCAUGAGGGUGCCGAACUCUUGCGCAACGCGAUCAUGUUGUUGAGAGGUGCCAGUCGGUCAUGA